AUGUCUCACGACAAGAAAACGACAGCUGAGAUGGAAGCUCCCUCAGAAAAGCCUCUGGUGCGAACGCAUCAAGCGAAUCUCCAGCAGCCUCAAAGCGCCUCACCCAAGUUUGCUCCUCCUCCCCCAAAAUCCUUUGACAGCGAGGAAGGACGUGGUGCCUGGUUUGAAAAAGUCCUCGAGGACAUGAAAAAAAAUACACCCGAGGUAAACGCGGCAACAGCACGAAAGUAUGGACCACAGAUUGUGGGCGAGGGCAUCCCAUACGACACAGACGCCGAUAUUGAUCACGAACACCACUUGAACAACCACAACAACAUCCUUAAAGACUGGGUCCCUCGAAAACUCUGUACUCUACCUCAGUUUCCGCUGUUCACCAUUCUACCAACCAAGGACUGGGUCCUUUAUGCCGAUAAGCGUAUUCCUGCUCGAAACGGCUGUUCGGAGUAUUUAGGACGUGUAGGUAUGGGGUCCGGUCACACGCCCGGAUCGCCCACUGAUGGAUGCGAGCAUGAUCCCACCGGUGCAGCAGUGGAUGGCCGGGACAGGCCUCCCCACGCCCAGAACGAGCUUCUCGCGCCGUUAUGCUGGCUAUGCUGGGUACGGCCGGAGUCAAACACAAAUACUGGAGCCUGGCUGCAGGAUCAGGGAUCGCGUGUCGUCAUGGCCGUUGAAACGCACUAUGUAUCCUGGACGCUUCUAGAGGCUUCUGGAAGCUAG